AUGGGGCCCCUGGAAGCAAUAGGUGAAGAAAACCAGACAGAUGAAAUGAAAAUGGAGCUCUUCACCAAGCUGUACUUGCCAAGAUACACCACACCGCUCAAUGAAUUGGCUCUGGACCCUAAACCAGAGCUGAAGGACAGCACAACACUAGUUGAAGUGCAGAUAAUCCUCAUCUUUGCUUACUGCUCCAUCAUCCUGCUGGGGGUGAUUGGAAACUCCCUUGUGAUCCAUGUGAUCAUCAAGUUCAAAAGCAUGCGCACAGUGACUAACUUCUUCAUUGCCAAUCUGGCUGUGGCUGAUCUGCUGGUGAACACAUUGUGCCUGCCCUUUACUUUGGUUUACACGCUGUUGGGUGAAUGGAAACUGGGUCCAGUCUUGUGCCACCUGGUACCUUACGCCCAGGCUCUUGCUGUGCAUGUGUCUACUGUUACUUUGACUGUGAUCGCUUUGGAUCGGCACCGCUGCAUCGUCUACCACUUGGAAAGCAAAAUCUCUAAGCGGAUCAGCUUCCUGAUUAUAGGAGUUGCCUGGGCAGUCAGUGCCCUGUUGGCAAGUCCCCUGGCCAUCUUCCGUGAAUACUCCUUGAUUGAGAUCAUUCCUGACUUCAAGAUUGUGGUCUGCUCUGAGAAGUGGCCAGGAGAGGGACAGCUCAACUACGGCACCAUCUACAGCGUCUCCAUGCUCCUGAUCCAGUACGUGCUGCCGCUAGCAGUCAUAUCCUAUGCCUACACCCGUAUUUGGACCAAGCUGAGGAACCAUGUGAGUCCUGGGGCGGCGAAUGACCACUACCACCACCGGCGGCAGAAAACCACCAAAAUGCUGGUCUGCGUGGUUGUGGUGUUUGCUGUCUGCUGGCUGCCAUUUCACACCUUCCAGCUAGUCAGUGACAUUGACAGUCAGGUGUUAGACCUGAAAGAGUACAAACUGAUCUACACAGUGUUUCACGUGAUUGCCAUGUGCUCGACAUUUGCUAAUCCCCUUCUCUAUGGCUGGAUGAAUAACAACUACAGGACGGCCUUCCUCACGGCCUUCCAGUGUGAACAGCGGCUGGACUCCAUCCACCCAGAAGUAUCGGCAGCUUUCAAAGCCAGGAAGAAAGUAGAAGCAAAGAGGAUUCAAUUCCCUGGAGACUCUUUCACACAACCUACCAAUGUCUAA